AUGGGAAGAGAGAGAGUGAAUGGAGAGAUAGAGGAGAUAAUGAGUGAGUCAUUAGAAUAUUCUAAUGAAGCAAAUAAAUUGUCAAUCUUGUCUCUAAACCAUGUAUCUUUUGUCUGCAAAUCCGUCAAGAAAUCUGUACAAUUUUAUGAGAAAGUUCUUGGAUUCGUCCUCAUCAAAAGGCCUUCUUCCUUUGACUUUGAAGGAGCUUGGUUGUUCAACCAUGGAAUAGGAAUCCAUUUGCUUGAAGCUGUAGAAAAUGUUCCCAACAAGAAAGAUAAAAUAAAUCCGAAAGACAACCACAUUUCAUUCCAAUGCACAGAUAUGGAACUCAUAAUUCAGAAACUGGAAGAAAUGAAGAUAGAAUAUGUGACAGCAGUGGUAAGAGAAGGAGGCAUAACAGUGGAUCAAUUGUUCUUCCAUGAUCCAGAUGGUUAUAUGAUUGAAAUUUGCAACUGUCAAAAUCUACCAGUUCUUCCACUUUCAUCCUGCCCUCUAAAGAACCUACCGAACCCUACUCCUAAUCUCCCUACAUCUCGCUAUGGGAACAAGAUGCGGUGCAACAGAGAAGUAGAAGCUCUGAUGCUUGAGAAUUUGGCAAUGGAAAUGAUGGACAUUUCAAUUUAA